AUGGAGGAAUCAACAGGGAACAAUAGGUUCCCCAAGCUCCCGGAUAAUACAAAAAAGGUGCAAGGCUUGAACAUGUUCCUUUUGUUUGCAGGGAAUGGGUACCUGCAUAUGAAUGUACCUCAAUAUGAAGAAAAUAUAGAUUCACAUCCAUCCUACACUGCAUCAGUGUCGACCACUCCUGAUUCCUCCUUGUUCUAUGUUCCUUGGUCAACAUCUGGAGACGAUUAUAAGCAACUUGCUGGAUCUCAGAACAACCCUAACCGGUCUCAAAGUGAAAUGACUGAUUUUGGGAGUGCUGCAGACUUGUAUGGGCUUGUUUCUAACAUUUUAGAAGAACCUGAUCAAUCACAAUCUUUGUUUGUUGAAGGAAAUACCUCCUCUAACUUGUUAAGAUCAAUAUGGUCUUCCACAACCAGCAGAUAUACAGAACAUCUAGAUCACUCAUCUGAGUCUAAGAAGCCAGUAGAUACAUCAUAUUCACAGCCAGUUUUUAAUGCAAAAGAAUCCAUAGCAACUUCCGACAAACCACAGUACCAGCAGGAUAGUCAUUUAGUCUCACAGCAAAAAAUAAAUAUGGAAGACUUUUUAGGAUUUGAUGACUUGGAUCUUACAGAGCAAUGGAUGUUUCCUUCAAAGAAAGAAGCUACUGAUUGUAGUCCUUUUCAGUCCACUGAUAGCACCAAGAUGAACUUUCAAGAGUUUCCUUAUGUGAAGAAUUGUUCCAAACUCCAGGUAGGGUUACCAGUAUCAGUUAGAGAACCAGGAACAGAUAUUCACAUGUACGGCAGAGACGGGGGAGACUUUAAAGAAGUUGGUACUCCAUCCAGUCAGACAUCCACAGAGCUGUUCCCUUUCCUGCAUAAUUCCAGAAAUUCUUACAACAAUACUGGCAAUAGAUACAUGGAACAAUUACAUGGCAGUAAAUUCAGACAGAACAAAUUUGUGAAUUUUAACAUAACAGAUGGAAAGACCUCUUCUGAUUGUAUGCCAGAAUUACCAGUGAUAGAAAUGGAUACAUGCUCUAGAGUGUCCAAAGGGAAACAAGCACCAAAGGGGUUUGAUGAAUUAAACAUUGACCAACAUACCUUAAAAUACUGUGUCAAAUCAUCAUCGGGCUUGAGUGAAAAACAGCUUUCAAAGGAAAUGGGAUUAGGUGGUGAUUUGGGGCAAAAAUGCACAUCUGAAUGUGGAAGAAAUACACAUACAUUUUGCCCAAUUAGAAGUGAUUUUGAGAAGGCCUUUGAAAAGCAACAACAUUCUAAUUAUGAUCAUUUUUCACAGCAGUCUGAAUAUGUUCAGCCAUUAAAUGCAUUGCCGGUAUCUGUGUAUUCUGGAGAGUCUUACCAAAACAGACAAUCCUGGACAAAAUUGGCUACUUCUGGUUCUGAAACUACCACUACUACCUCGUUUGGGAAACCAGACAACUCCUCAGACCCCAGUAAUCAAGCAUCUCCUGCCUCUAAAACAUCAUCCCAUUCUUUCUGUCUACCUUCUCAUCAGUCUUCCAUGCCUUUUUCUCAAAAUAGUAGUGCCUACUUCCAGAGAUCCACAGGAAUUUAUGGUCAGGACAACCACUCCAAGAUUUCUAGUAGUGAAUUUACAUAUAAUGUGGACCGGGUUCAGCCAGGUACACAUGUUGAAGGGCAAAACAAAGCUAGUGGAGAUAUGUAUUUUGAAUCACCCAUCGAGAAGAAUUGUCAAAAUGGAAAGCAAGUAAAUGGAUUCCAUGGGAGUUCGUCAUCUCAGCAAUAUGUUACAAAUAAAUAUCCCAGCUACCAAACUAAACAGCAAAACUGCCAUUACGAUUUGAAUGAGGAUGUGAAAAAAAAAGAUGAUGAAUUUUCCCAGAGUAUGUACAGAGAUUUAAUAGGUGCUCAGUCUUAUUAUUAUAAUAAUCACAAUUCCCAGCAAGGAGCUGGGGACAGCAACAAUGUGGCAAAUUAUAUGACUCGUUCAUCUGCUUUUUCGAGUCCCUACAUGAUGGGUGACUUUAGACGGAACCACAAUAUUUCACAACUUGGCCCACGUAGUGUUGCUUCAGGAACUAACCUUCAAUUUGGUCACCCUGUUGUUUCAUUAAUGGAUCCCAGUGAGUUAUUUCCUUAUGAGGAUUUCAGUCACUUGUAUCCCCUUUUCAAUGAUAUGUUCUAUGGGGAUGCAUCCCUUUAUGGAUUUAUACCACCCUUUGGAUUUCCAAGACCUAUGAAAAAUCGUAGCGGUCCAGCCAACGAACUUCAUAUUCGGUUGGAGGAGUGCUAUGAACAAUGGAGGGCUUUGGAAAAAGAACGAAAAAAGACUGAAGCAGCACUUGCCCGGAACUACCCAGGAAAGAGAGUGACCAGUUCAAAUAAUACACCCAUUCCCAGGCUACCAUCAAACCCUUCCCGGGUUGAUCGUUUGAUUGUUGAUCAACUGCGUGAACAAGCAAGAGUUGUGACAUUGCUUGGAAAAAUGGAACGCCUCCGCAGUUCUCCUCUUCAUGCUAAUAUUUCUACAGCUCUUGAUCGACAUCUGGAAGCUAUCCACAUUACGCAAGCUCGUAGGAAAGAUGAAAUUGUAAAUGCAGCUAAUCGACAAAGGCAGGGAGCACCACGAUACCAGGAUGACAGAGAUGUCCUUGCUUUGGCUAUUGCAGUCAAAGAAAUGGCAGUAGCUACACGGAAAGCCCGGACUGCUUUGUGGUGUGCCCUCCAAAUGACAUUACCUAAAACACCAAAUACCAAUCCAGAUGACCAAAUUGAAGUAGAAAGAGAACUGCAGGAUCUAGUAACUAAUGGAGACAAAAACUAUCAAAACAGAAGCAACUACUAUGGUGGGGAAAAGAAUGAAGUGGUAAAAACUCGUGUUGAUUAG